AUGUUGCACAUCUCCAAAGAUGAUUUGAGCAGAGAGAACCUUCUCAGGAGAUCUAUCUGCACUAUUGUCGAGAACGUUGAGUGUGAGGUUGACAAAGUAUACUUGAUCACGGUUUCAAGUACAGAAUCGACGACGUUGCCGGAGUAUAUGCGAUGGUACACCGAGGGCAUGCAGGAUAACCCUCGACUUAAUUCAACACUCGACGAGCUCCAGCAUGUCAGGGCCAAUACCUAUGAGGCUGAGAGCACAGCCGCUAACAAGGAUAGGCGCGAGGAGCAAGGCGAUCAAGGCCGUGCAUUCGAGGACCUCAAGUGCCGUGAGGAAAUUUGCAAAUACGAUAAGCGACCUGGACGUUAG